UUUGUUUCAAACGCCAUGGACAAUUUUCCUGACGGGGUCUCCGCGCCAGACCUUACUACAUUGUCUUACGACGAAUCCGUUCCGUACGAAUCACAAGUUCCCACUCAUCCAUCCAAUGAUCCAGAGCGGGCCACGUUACUCAACCGCAUAGGGAACACCAAAGUGUACCUCUCUCUGACACUGCCCAGGCAAGAUUUGCCAAGGUGCGCUAAUAGUAUGUCAACUUCAGCUUUCAGAAAACGACCCUGACAUGGGAGUCUGUCCCCGCUUGACCCCACUGCUACCAAUUAGAAACCACCCUGACUUUAAGAG